GAAUGUCUUUAUUGAUUUACUAUUAUUAUUUAAUGCUCACCACUUCUUUUUCUGUUUGUUCUUUUAUCUGCUGCUGUUCUUUCAGACUCGAUAUUGCCUGAUCUUACGAGAUAAUGCCCGUUGUUGAAUCAUCCUGAAACAACCGUACACGACCUGCUCCUGUUAACGCCGGCGUGGCAGCCUUUGUUUACUAGUAUUUAUCCCAUUCCUCCAGCUUCACCACCAAACCAGUCUCUCAUUUCUGUCUUGGCUGUGUUGACGAUGCGAUAAGCACCAUGACCAAACACGUCAAGUUUACCCACAUCACCCCGCUACCCUCGCAUGUCACCCGCGAGGUCGUCACCACUCUCCUACAUGACCACUCGACGAUGAUCACAGCGAAUCCGCUUGUUACGCACCACGGUCGCUGCACUCCUCCACCCCACGCCCUCCCAGACGAACAAGAAUCUGCCUGGUACGAGAUCACCGACAAAGUCGAGUAUGUCCCCGGCACCUCGUUCACCGGCAGCGUCACCUACACGGCCUGCCUACAUGAUCUUCCCAAGGGCCUCCAAUCUCACAUCCAUGCGCCAAUGGGCCUGGAAAUCCGAAGCAAAUGGCAAGUCCUAGGCUGGAUUCCCGGCGAGGAGCGCGAGCCUAUCGAGAUCGGCGCCGACCAGUACGGUGUGCCCAGAGAAGGGCUCUACCUACGCGAGGACUGCGACUUGAAGUGCAACAUCCUGCUACUCCCCAUCGUGAAAAGAAACAUCAAAAAAUCACACAAAACCCUCGUCGAUCGCAUCAUCGAAAGGACGGAACACCUGAUGCCACCGCAGCAUCAAGCCCUGCAGCGGCCGUCGUCGCUGACGUUUCACCAGCGCACUAACAGUGACCUGGACAGAUCAGUAAGCACAACUCUCAGUUCUCGGCCGUCCAUGAGCAGUCUUGGAAGUCGACCGAUGACGAGAACCACUCCUGAUCGAGAAACUCCUGAACCUAGUAACGAUGAAUAUCCCCCCAUCAUCCCUUCUUUCCACGAUUUGUCGCGCACAUCCACCCCCACGUCGGUGCCCAUGCAGUAUAACGAGUGGCUUCAGCGAAUUGCGUUUGAUUGCCAGAUGAAUGGAUACUCGGUAUCGAUCUCGGGUGGGACGCAGGAAAACGCGCGGUCAUCGCAAGCGUCCCCAUUAAACCAGCAGAACCUCAGGUCUAGGGGCCGAUCGCAGUCGCCAGGUAGAAAGUUCCUGCCGGAUCCGUCAAAAUAUAAACGAUACCUUUCGGAGAAUACCCGGCAUCGCGCGGGCUCGCCUGCUUCUCUGCCCUCUACUCGAUACGCCUCACCAGUGCGGUCGUCGUCGAGGAAUACGCGGUAUGCCUCGUCGAUGUCGUCCAGGAUGCCGUCGAGACAGGGGACGCCGGAGCCGGGGGUCGGGAUGUGGCCGGCUAUUCUUUGAUUGUAUUGUAUAUAUCUUCAUCUGGCGGUUGUAUGAAUACUUGGUUAUUGACGACGGUACGAACUGGUUGGCUACGAUUAGCGAUUCACGCGGGCGUGAUCACAUCAUUUCUUGUAUAAUACUAUGUUAUAGAUUUCUAAUGUGUACAUUCUACCAUAUAAUUUAGAUUACAAGCAUCAAUGGCAAGGAAGUUGAAUGCUU